AUGGCGCCUGCAUCACCCGAUGGCCUGGAUAUCAUCAUCCUCGGUGGCGGCAUCUCAGGCCUCACCACCGCCCUCGCCCUGACCAAAUUCGCCCCCAAAGGCCAGGUCCCUCGCAUCCGCAUCUUCGAGAUCCGACCAGAACCUGCUGUCAUUGGCGGCGCCGUCAACCUCACGCCCAAUGCCCUGCGAAUGCUCGACCAUCUUGGUGCAUUUGAAAUCUACCGACAACGAGACUACGGCAAGGACAUUGACUACCUCGAGAUCUUCGACAUUUACUCCGGCCGGAUCGCCAUUUCAGACUUUCGAGGACCAAACGGCAAGGGCAUUGGCGAACCGCCGUACAAAGCAUUGCGAAUCACCCGGGGAGACUCCCUCAAGGGUGUGCUCGCCGCUGUGGAGAAGCAUGAAAACAUCUCCAUGACCUGCGGCAAGCGGACCGUCAAGAUUGAGGAGAAUGAGAAGAAUGUCACGAUUCAUUUUGAAGAUGGCGGGUCGGCAACUGGAGAUCUUCUCAUGGGUUGUGAUGGUAUCCACUCUGUUACCAGACUGAAGCACGUCGAGCCUGAACGAAAGGCAUCGUAUACCGGCAUCUCCAACGCUUUCGGCUUCGCUCCAGUGGGCAAGGACUUCAAGACACAUUUCGAGUGCACCGCUAUCAACUUUGCUCAAAAGGGCAUGUUGCUGACAAGCUACCACUCCUCGGCAGCAGAUUCCGUUUAUGUGGGUGCUCUGAUGACAGUUGAAGACGUGGGAUCGCGAGACGGGUGGAAAGCCGUGGGAGCAGAUGCCGAGAAGACGAGGGGAAUGCUCAUGGAACGAUUCGGCGAUGCAAAGAUCCCCUGCAUCAAGCAAUUGAUCGAGCAGGCGCAGGAUUUCUUCCUCUGGCCUGUGUACACCCUCUCCAAACAUGGCAAGUGGUCAACGGACCGAGUGAUGCUUCUGGGCGAUGCAGCCCACGCCAUGCCACCCCAAGGCGAAUCCACCGGCAUCGUCUUCGAAGACACCGUCCUCUUCUCCCGCUGCCUGACCCGCUGGCUGCAACUCCGCAAGUCCGACCCCUUACGCCCUAUGAAGGAAGCCUUCAACGCCUACGAAAACCUCCGCCGGAAACGCAUUGAGGAGGCUUUCGAGGAGAGCGGCGCCGUGGUCAAGACGGUGAGCGAUGCCGGGUGGUUGGGCCAUUUCAUCAAGACGUGCAUUGUGCCGUGGUAUCUUUGGUUUUCGCGGGCGGGGAGGGAGAAGCAUUUUUUGGAGGAUGUUACGAAGGUGGAUAUUGGGUACUAG